CGUAAUAGCCUACUCCCGUGAACAAGCUGACCUGUUGGAAAUGCUCGAGGAUCUUACAUCUCUUUUCAGGCACGCUGGCUGUAAAAUCAGUGGGAGAAAAAGUGAAGCCUCAACAGGAAAAUACCAAAACAUUAGACAGAGGAUUGGAUUCUUGAUAGGCUAAUUACCAGUUUACUUAAUUAAAGCAGGUUGUGUUGUGGCAGGACAUUCCCUGGCUAUAGGGCACGAGCUGCCAUGCCAUUUGGUUGUCUGACACUCGGGGAGAAGAAGGAUUACAGCAAUCCUUCAGAGGUGGCCGACAAAUAUGAUCUCGGACAAAUUGUUAAAUUAGAGGAGUUUUGUGAGAUAUUCCGGGCGAAGGAUAGGAACACCUUGAAAAUGUACACCUGUAAAAAGUUCCACAAAAAGGAUGGAAGGAAAGUGAGGAAAGCUGCCAAGAAUGAGAUAAUGAUCUUGAAGAUGAUAAAACAUCAUAACAUCCUCCAGCUGGUUGACACUUUUGAAACUAAGAAAGAGUACUUCCUUUUUCUGGAGCUCGCUACGGGCAGAGAGGUGUUUGACUGGAUCUUAGAUCAAGGAUACUACUCUGAGAGGGACACCAGCAAUGUUAUGAGGCAGGUGUUGGAAGCUGUAGCUUACCUUCACUCUCUGAAAAUUGUCCACAGAAAUAUUAAGCUGGAGAACUUGGUGUACUUUAAUCGAUUGAAGCACUCCAAAAUUGUUAUCAGUGACUUCCAGUUGGCAAAACUGGAAAAUGGACUCAUUAAGGACCCAUGUGGGACUCCAGAAUAUCUUGCUCCUGAGGUGGUUGGGAGGCAGAGAUAUGGAAGACCUGUGGACUGUUGGGCCAUAGGUGUCACCAUGUAUAUACUUUUGUCUGGAAACCCUCCUUUCUAUGAUGAUGCUGAUGAAGAUGAUGAUCGUGAUAAAAAUCUUUUCCUAAAGAUUUUGUCAGGCGACUAUGAAUUUGAUUCACCAUAUUGGGAUGACAUUUCAGAUUCUGCCAAACACUUAGUGGCAUCUUUGAUGGAAGUGGACCAAGAUCAGCGAUUGACUGCACAGGAAGCUAUUGCCCAUGAAUGGAUUUCUGGAAAUGCUGCCUCAGACAAGAACAUCAAGGAUGGUGUUUGUGCACAGAUAGAAAAGAACUUUGCCAAAGCCAAGUGGAAGAAAGCUGUUAGAGUGACCACCCUCAUGAAGAGACUUAGAGGGUCUGAGCAGGGGGAUUGUGGGGCCUCCGGUCUUGCUGCAGGGGCUGCAGAUCCCAACACGCCCAGCGGUGCUCCUGCUCCUCCAGGUGGCAGCAGCGCAAGUGUUGCUGCUCUAAGUGAAAAGGCUUCUGACACACAGACUGCCACCAUCUCUGCACUCUCCCUGCCAAGUGCAGCCAGACAGGAAGAGCAGCCACAGGCCCGGUGCAAUGGCGAUGUUCCCCAAAUGUUGCCAGAAAGAAAGGGAGACUAGGCGUCAAACAAAUAUGAGAAGCGGACCCUUGGCAACCGACAAGCACAUGUGCAGUAAAGCCAAUACAUUUGGCAUGAUGAUACCAUGUCUAUGCUGUUCGACUACCCCCCAGUUUGCAGAGUUAUUUCACAACACCAUGCUUUUCAUCAUUUUUGCCUUCUGUAUUGAUUAGUCUUAGUCUUGAAUAGUGUUCUCCUCUCUCCCUUGUUAUUUUGUGUAUGAGUCCCUUUAAAGCUAGUUGCAAAGUAGCUCUUCUUGUUUCCUUUUCCCUUAAAACUAUAAAAACUCAUAGUGAAAUUUGGUGAAUCUGCAGCUCAUCUUUAUUCAUUAGAUCAUUGUAUAUAGGUGUAUUUGUCUGUUUUAACAAAUUGCUAGUUUUCAGCUUCAGAACUUACAAUUCUGAGUUCAUGUCUUGUGACUUAACAUUCUAGGUUGAAAGAUUUGGUUAAUUGAUCAUAUCAAGAUUUGAAAUUAUGUACAUUUAUUGAAAAUACUUUCCUGCAUGCAUAUUUUAGUUAACUCUUCAGAAACCAUGCUGCUAACUGGAAUAUUUUCAGUUACAUAUUAAAUGAAUUUAAAAAAAGUAAAAUACCAAUGACACACUGAUUACUGGCUUUAAAAUAUUCUUACAAGUUAUUACGUAACAAUCAGACACAAUCAUACAUUAGUGGAUUCAACUUAACACCCAUACUAGAUAUUUACUUGUUUAUCUUCAGUGCAGUACAACUUCAGUCAAAUUACAAUCUUAAGGCAGCAAGAAAGCAUAUUUUUAAGUUGAAGUGCCUUAAUAUUUGUUGCAGUAAUAUAAUGAAAUGUUUCAAAAGAAACAACUUGAUAAAAAUGACUUACUGAUUUCUUUUCAAAUGUUUUAGCUGUUUUCCUUUGUCUUUCUGUUUAAUUUUAUGCUGAUGUAUUGAUACUUGUGUUCCGUCCUCUUUCACUCUUCAAUUAAAACAGAAAACUAAAUUUAGAGUGUUGUAUGUGGAGUGAUGUUUUAUUGUUGUUGCCACUUGUAAUAAGUCAAUUUCAGAGUUUAUAGCUGACUCCAUAUA